CAAGAUGAUGGUCCAAUAGUUAAUAUGGAUCAUGAUAACUUCAUCAACCAAAAUGGCGAGCAAUUGAUUGAAAAUAUGGAGGACCCUACCAGGUCGGCUGCUUUGUACAUAUUGAAACUACAAGAGGAAUGCUCUCUACCCAAGUCCACCGUUGCUGGAAUUGUAUCCAACACGAAAACUAUUCUACAAGAAACAUUGGCACAUGUCCAAACGCAAGUGCAAGGUUGCCUAAGCAAUGCAAACAUUGACGAUCAAAACGUGCCCGGCCUGCGAGAGAUUUUUAAAGACAAUAUAACAACAAACCCAUUUCACAACUUGGAAACCGAAGCACAACAAUUUGCCUACUACAAAGCUCAUUUUGGAUUAAAGGAACCACAAAGAAUUGUUCUGGGGCGUAGAGAAGUUUUUAAAAGAAGGAAAGGUAUAAUGCAGCAAACCCAAGUCAAUGAUGAAGCAUAUUACAUCCCACUCUUGGACAGCCUUCAACAGCUUCUUAAUGAUGAGUUUAUUCUUGAAGAGAUUAAAAAUCCUCAUGUGAGCAUUGAUGGGCUCAUGAGAGACUACUGUGAUGGCUAUCAAUUCAAAAUGCAUCCUCUCUUUUCGGUAAAACCCACAGCUCUACAGAUCAUGCUAUAUUACGAUGAUCUGGAAACAUGUAAUCCACUUGGAUCAAGAGCAACCAUACAUAAACUUGGAGCAUUCUACUACACGUUGGGUAAUAUCAAUCCCUUAAAUCGUUCAUCAAUGAAGGCUAUUCAGCUUCUCUGUUUGUGUAAAACAUCAAAUAUCAAACAGUAUGGUAUCAAUGCAGUCCUUGGGCCAUUCAUGGCAGAUUUGAAGAAGCUAGAACAGGACACAGGUCAUCCCUUCACUGUCCAGGGAACAGAACAGAACUUCUGUGGAUCCAUAGUGUACACAUCUGCUGAUAAUCUUGGAGCCCAACAGUUGGGAGGAUUCAAAGAGAGUUGCAGCGCACACAGACCAUGUCGUUACUGCCUUGCUACUGCUGAGGAAAUGAAAUCUAAGUUUCAUGAAAAAGACUUUGUUCUCCGAACAAAGGAAGACUACAAAGACCAAAUUAACCAAGUUGAAACAUAUGGCGAGCACUUUAGCAAAACAUAUGGACUCAACCGAAGAUCCAUCCUUAACGAGAGUGACUAUUAUCAUGUCAUUGGAGGUUUGCCACCAGACAUAAUGCAUGAUAUUUUAGAAGGGGUUCUACAGUAUGAAACAAAAGAGAUGCUGAAACACUACAUCAAAGUGGAACGUUACCUUACCUUGGAAAUCUUGAAUGACCGAAUUGCCAAAUACGACUUUGGAUAUUACAAUGAUAGUAAUAGGCCAUCACCAAUAACGGAACAAAAGUUAUCGUCAAAUGACAACAACCUGAAACAACAUGGUAAGUUUAAAUCAUGA